ACAUUCGGGAGACAGGGAUUGUUCAGAGGCUGUGCAAAAUUUUCAACCGCAGAACGUCGAAAGCUUUUGGAAAGUUUGAAUCCAGAUCAGAUUGAAAAUAUACGAAGACUAAUUAUUACAGGAUAGCGUGAUACUGCAAUGGCUCUUUGCUGGAACGUUUUUGCUUCACUUUUGAUUGCGUACUGUGUUGCAUCGGCAGCAAUCGAUAAAGGAAAUCACAUUUCCAACCAAGUGGAGAAUCGUGUCACGCCUGAAUACAAAACUGAUAAAAAACCUGAACCGACUUCUCAGGUUGGAAAAAAUCGCGCUUUUUGUACACAAUGCCAGAUGGGAACGGUGGGUCAAGAUUGUUGGCCCAAUUCUGAUUUGUGCCGCACGCAAAGAUUUCAUGUCAAUUUUACACAAAGCUUUGAAGAGGCGCCUUCUGUGAUCGUCUCGCUGCAUAACCUUGAUGUCGACCAGAAUUUCAAUCUUCGUGUGAACGGAAUCGCCGUAAAUAUCACCUCUUCCGGAUUCGAUCUUUGGCAUAGAGCAUGGGCAGAUACAAAGAUCUACGGCCUUGGAUAUUCUUGGAUUGCUUGCCCAAAUUAAGUGAUGCCUAAAAAUGUUUCAUUCUAUACGCGUGAUUUACAACAUAAUCUUAAUUUUAAACGUUUGUAGAAUUUUAUAAUCUUUCACAGUUGGUUGUAACGCUUUUCAAAGA